UUUAUUCUUGUCUUCUUUGAUCUUAGCAAGCGACUUACACACAACUUCAUCUUAUACUUGAGAUAUCUUCAGGCUCGACAAGUCUUACAUUCAUCUUACUACUCAACAUUACUUCAACCACAACAACUACAUCAACCUCACUCAUACUCAAGAUGCCUUCUUCAGUCAAGAGCUGGUUCGCUCGUCACUGCGCACCUCCACCACCAAUGACAAACAACCCUCUAUGCCCAUGCACGACCUGCUUCAACGGCGGUUCACACUCCAAUAACUCAGCAUCAUUCUCCAUGUCCUCAUCACCAUCAUCACCCGUCGACUCAGACAACGCAUCACUCAGCAGCGGUACAACCUGUGCUGCAUCCUCAUACAUCGAGACCCCCACCAAACAAUAAAACCGAACACACACACACACACACACCCUGGUCUGACGAAUUACUAUCGGAACGAAUAGCGAGUUUUAUCUCAUGGAGUUUUUGAUUAUACCAUUACUUGCGAUUGGCGUUUGCUCGGAAACAACAAGGGAUGUCAUUAUCACAUCAGAAAUAUGACGGGAAUUGAUUGGGCUUGGGUUUGACGGGGCCGAUGUGGGCUCAUCCGAUGGGUGGAGUGCUGAUUCGGAUCGGCUCCGAGGCGGAGUUUACGUAUUAUUAUGUUAGAUAGGGUACCUGAUACUACUGAAUAGAGUACAGUACUGGCCUGUCGA